AUGAAGCGACUUCUUGAGUCUGAGACUGUUCCAACUCUGAGACAUGAAGCGACCUCUCUGAGUCUGCGACUGUUCCAACUCGGAGCACAUGAAGCGACUUCUAGAGCCCCAGAACAAGAGCUGGAGGAGGAGGUGGAGAAGAAAGAAGAGGUGGCUGAGAAGGAGGUGGUGCAGAAGGAGGAGGUGGAGAAGAAAGAAGAGGUGGCUGAGAAGGAGGUGGUGCAGAAGGAGGAGGUGGAGAAGAAAGAGGAGGUGGGGCCAGCAGAGCCAGAGGAGCACCUCCCCUCUCUGCUCCUCGCGGUCUCAGGAGAUGUGAACAGAACAGGGGGCGGAGCAGAGGAGCUAGAGUGGGAGGAGCUUCAGAUGCCAAACUCCUCCCACAGUGCAGCAGGUUUGUCUCUGCUGACCACUGCAGCGGUGACUACGGUGAUGCCCGAAGACAAGAGAGAAGAGGAGGAGGAGGAAGAACAGGAGGAGGAGCAGGAGGAAGAAGAGGAGGAGGAGGAGCAGGAUGAGCUGCAGAACAGCGAGCUGCUCUCAGAGUCCACAGCGCCACCUACAGGUGAGUGUUUAAGGUGCAACAGUCAGGACCUGAAGGUGCCGCACGGCACUUUGAUGAGGCGGUUUCAUGAGUCCAGCCACUUCCUCUGCUUUGACCCCGCCCCCUAUCAAUACGCCCUCUCAGACCACACCCCCUCGGACCCCGCCCCCUCGGACCCCGCCCCCUCGGACCCCGCCCCCUCGGACCCCGCCUACAGCCCCUGA